GGACUGAUACUAAUUUUCCAACGCUGUCUUCCAUUCACCAUCGUUAUCUGGUUCUUUCUCGUCUACUCAGUCCCAGGUAGAAACCGGAAAACGCAUUGGGUUCGUUGACGUUGAGUGUUGAGUUCCAACUGGCCCGAAGUGUCAGUUCAACAAAUAGUUAGUCAAUAUGGCUUCGAAAGAGAAUAAUCUCCCGAGUUUAUACGCCGAAUUGAAUAAAUUUGGACGUAAUGGUGAAUACGAAAGGGCGUUAAAGGUUGCUAAUAGAAUUUUGGGAAUAUCUCAAGAUGAAGAAGCAGCGAUUCAUUGCAAAGUUAUUUGCCUUAUACAGUUAUCGAAAUUCAAUGAUGCCCUCCAACUCAUUGCGAAAAAUCCAAAAAUCUCGGUUAAUUUGGAUUUUGAGAAAGCUUACUGCCUAUAUCGGCUGAACCAAGUGGUCGAGGCUCUCAUGGUUUUCUCAGACAUUCAAAAUCCAUCACCGAAAAUCAAGGAACUGACGGCCCAAAUCCUGUAUCGUCUCGAGAAAUAUGAGGAGUGUUUCGCGGUCUACCGAGACAUAAUAAAAAAUUCCAGUGAUGACUAUGCAGACGAGAGAGAGACGAAUUUAGCAGCGGUGCUGGUACAUCUGACUGCAGAAGGCUUCAGUGUCGACACUUUCGAGGUCCGAGAUCACACAUACGAACUCACCUACAACGCAGCAUGUCGUCUGGCUGCCAAGGGAGUCCAAGGGGAUCGUUCGAACCUGAUUGAAGCCGAGAAAAAGCUCCGUUUGGCGGAAAAAAUGUGCAAAGAAGCUCUAGAAGAGGACGGCGGCACUGAAGAAGAAAUCGAAGAUGAACUUGGAAUAAUUCGAGUCCAGUUGGGCUAUUGUCUUCAGCUCCAAGGACGUGAGAAGGAAGCUCAAACUCUUUACUUAAACGCUUUGAAAGUAAAACCCAAUGACAUAGCUCUCACAGCUGUUGCCAGCAACAAUUUGGUAACCCUGAAUAAGGACCAGAAUGUUUUUGACAGUAAAAAACGCAUGAAAUUGGCAACUCAUGAGGGUCUGGUGCACAAACUGACAACUUCGCAGCAUGGCAGCAUUCUUUAUAAUCAAUGUCUCCUAGCACUGUACACGAAUCAAGGAGACCUCUGCCAACAACUCUGCAAAAAACUCACCAAGGAUUAUCCUGAGUUGUCAGCGCAUGCAACACUCAUUCGGGCAGUUCAAUUGAGUAAAGAGGGAAAGACCAACGAGGCUGUGAACCUCCUCCUAGAACACUCCGGCCAUAAAGAUCUAGCUACGAAACUGGCGUGUGUGGAAUUACUUUUGUCUCAGGGAAGGCGGAAUGAAGCUAUUGAAAUAUUCCAAAGUUUGAGUCCUAGUGAGCAAGCACUGCCAGUCACCGGCAUGGAAAGUGAAGGUGUCGCCAGUGCUUUGGUAACACUCCACAUGGCCGAGAACAAUCGAGAAGAAGCCUCAGCAGUUCUGAAAGAAGCUGUUAAUUACUACAAAUCAAAUAACGAAAACACUGAAAAUCUGGGAAUGCUAUGGAGACAGGCAGCGGACUUCCACCUUCGAGGAGGUGAAGUCGAAGUUGCUGCAGCGAGUUUAGAAUCCCUUUUGGAAGCAUCUCCAUCGGAUACAAAGACACUGGCACAAUUGGUGGUGGCUUAUGCUCAAUUCGAACCAGCUAAAGCUCAAGCUCUGUCGAAACAAUUACCACCACUUGAUCAUCUUGCUGAGGCAAUUGAUGUUGAUGCGUUGGAGACUAGUAAUUGGGUAAUUGGGACAAAGGUUGUUAAGGGAAAGAUGGAGGCUUCUCCAGGAAAAAUUGGAACUGGAAAUACUGGAGAGAAGGAGAGAAAAAAGAGAAAGAGGAAACGCAUGGCAAAAUUACCGAAGAAUUAUGAUCCUAACAGUGCACCAGAUCCUGAAAGGUGGUUGCCAAGACAUGAGAGAAGUGGAUACAGGAAGAAGAGGGACAGGAGAAAUAGGGAUGCUACGAUGAAAGGAACACAGGGGGCUGCUGCUGGUGGUAGUGACCUUUAUGAUAUCACGAAGAUGCCAGCAAAUGCUAAACCCUCGCCAAAUCCCCGACAAAGUCCGGCAGUAGAAAGCUCUGGGCCACGACAGCAGCAAAGGAAGGUCCAACAGAAAAAAAAGAGAAAAGGAGGGAAAUGGUAAACGGGUCGAGGACCUAAUGAAGAUACUAAUGAGGGAGGAGGGUACAGGGAUUAAUUCCGUGAAUGAUGGCGAUUGAGAGACAAUGUCAAGAGACUUUUUUUCAUUAAAAUUUCUCCAAUUCAAAAAUGACACAUCCAGUUCUGGGAGAUUCACUUGAGAAAUAAUUGUUAGAUGAACAAGUAAAAACAAUUGUUGUUACAGUGGUGUUGCUCAUGAGUGAUUUGAGCAGAAAAUAUUUGCUGUAUAAAUGGUUAGGGAAUUCAUUAUUAUUAAAAGAGCAAGGUUUGGCA